CAAUAUCGUGGCUUAAAGCCUGGCUUGUCUGGCGCAAUGUUCCCCAAUCAUGUUUACCACAAACCCUGUCGUCCAUGCCAAUUAGACCUUAAAUUAUCAUUCACAAGAUGGUUGCUGCCCAGUCAAUGAACCGGAUCGCCGGGUCGGCCGAAGGCAAUAGGGAUGUGUCUGUAUCAUUUGAAGCGCAACCAUACGCAUUCCGCUUCAAUCCCUCGACAACUGCCCUUGUCAUUAUUGACAUGCAGCGUGACUUCCUGCUCAAAGACGGCUUUGGAUAUAUUCAAGCAGGGGAUGCGGGAGUUGAGAAGGUGCAAGCCACCAUCCAGCCGACGCUGGCGGUAUUGCGCAUGUUCCGCGAACGCAGAAUGCAUGUCAUUCAUACACGCGAAGGCCACAGACCAGACCUUCGUGAUCUACCGACACCCAAAUUGUUGAGGCAAGCACGUGCUCCAACCACACGGCACUCCAUGGUUAUUGGAGAUGUCGGUCCAAUGGGACGACUUCUGACAAGAGGAGAAUAUGGCCAUGAUAUUAUCGAUGAGCUACAGCCAGUUGUUGGGGAGUAUGUGGUUGAUAAGCCUGGAAAGGGAAGCUUUUUCUCUACUUCCUUACAUGAGCACCUAGUCGAUAGGGGAAUCACUCAUAUGAUUGUUGUUGGGGUCACUGUGGAAUGCUGUGUCACAACCACCGUUCGGGAAGCCAAUGACCGAGGAUUCGACGCUUGUAUUCUCAGCGACUGCACAGGUGGCUUUGUGUCAGAUUUCAAGUCGGCCUCGCUCGACAUGAUACAUUUCUCGGAAGGACUUUUUGGAUUUGUUAGCCAUUCACGACCACUCCUCGCCGCCUUGUCUUCACUUCCAGCCCAUCCUCUAGAGAAUGGAGCUGACUGGGACGGUUCGUUGGAUAUAGAAACCCUGAAGACUGCAUACUCGGCAGGUCUCUCCCCAGUCACAGUUAUCAAUCAUGUUCUUGAUAAGAUCAAUUCCGACAAAAUACAGCACCCGUCGAUUUGGAUUAAUCAAACUCCAGCUGAGGACCUCUUAUGCAGAGCAAAAAAACUAGAGCAAUCUGCUGAUCGAAACCUCCCCCUGUUUGGAAUUCCUUUUGCUGUUAAAGAUAACAUUGAUGUUUCCGGACUCCCUACAACGGCGGCAUGCCCAUCAUUCGAAUACGUCCCUAAGAUAUCAGCCCAUGUUGUCCAAAGACUGGAAGAUGCGGGUGCAAUUGUCAUCGGAAAGACGAACCUCGAUCAGUUUGCCACAGGGCUUGUAGGGACCAGGUCCCCAUUCGGUGCCUGCCAUUGUGCUUCUGACCCGGCACGUAUUUCAGGGGGUUCAAGCUCCGGCUCCGCCGUAGCUGUCGCUCUUGGCCAAGUCUCGUUUGCUCUAGGAACAGAUACGGCAGGGUCAGGUCGUGUACCAGCUGCUUUUAAUAACAUCGUCGGAUUAAAGCCAACCAAGGGCACUGUCUCCACUGCAGGCGUGAUACCUGCGUGUAAGACCCUCGAUUGUGUUUCUUUCUUCGCAAACACAAUCUCUGACGCAAGAACCGUAUGGCUUGUAUCCAAGGGACGCGACUCUGAAGAUCUAUAUUCACGAAGCUCCCCAUCAUUGGCAUCCCUGACGAGCAGAUCCUUACUGCACGAAGAGUCACCCUAUACUGUCUCAUUUCCGCCUGAAAGCAUAUUAAAGGAAACAUUAUCUUCCGGGUAUCACGAAAAAUUCGCAAAAGUCAUUUCGCUGGUUCGUAACUUGGCUCAUAUCGAGGAAGUCAGCUUCGACUGGUCAUCAUAUCUAUCUGCAUCAGAUCUACUGUACAAAGGCGCAUUUAUUGCCGAAAGAACCACCUUUCUACAGGAAGUGUUAAAAAACAAAGAAAACACUUUAACUCUACAUCCUGUAACACAAGAUGUCUUGGAUUCAGCUAAUUCCAUGUCUGCAACCGACGUAUUCCGUGAUAUUUACGAAGCUCAGCGACUGUCAAAACUCAUAGAAGCCGAAUUUGACAAGUGCGAUAUUCUUGUUGUACCUACCGCUCCAAAUCAUCCGACAAUCCAAGAAGUAGAGAAAGAUCCGAUUGGGCCUAAUUUGAAGCUGGGUGUUUUUGCGAGCGCUGUCAAUAUCCUCGAUUUAUCCGCAAUUGCCAUACCAGCAGGUCAUAUUCAGGGAUUGCCCUUCGGUAUAUCUAUUAUCGCUCCCGCUUUUAGGGAGGGGUUUAUUCUAAAUGUGGCUCAGAGGAUCCAGGCGCGUUUAGGCCAUUUUGCAUUAUGAUGUGAUGUUGCUGUUGUCGAAUCAAUAAACUAGUUUCAUGUGACACCUUAGUGUGCUUUGUAGAUUCAGGCAAUCUUUCGUUAGUUGUAUCUCCUUCUCCCUCAUAGGUUUCAGGUGGCCGAUACCGCUAACGCGAUCCCAGAGGGAUGUAAUCAAACCUAUCUUGUAUUAAAUUCGACGGACAAACAGGGCCGAUUAAUCGAGAUGGGCAGAUUUGCAGGGGGGAAUACAAAAGUUUA